CUCUUGGGAGAUGGGAAGUAAUGAUAGCUGGCACCUGAACUGAAAUCUGUGUGUAGGCACUACCAUCCCAGCACUUCAGGAUGAAUGGGGAUAUGCCUCAUGUUCCCAUCACUACUCUUGCAGGGAUUGCUAGUCUCACGGAUCUUUUGAACCAGCUGCCUCUUCCAUCGCCUUUACCUGCUACAACUACAAAAAGCCUGCUUUUUAAUGGACGGAUUGCAGAAGAGGUGAACUGUCUUUUGGCAUGUAGGGAUGAAAAUCUGGUUUCACAGCUUGUACACAGCCUCAACCAGGUGUCAACAGAUCACAUAGAACUGAAAGAUAACCUUGGCAGCGAUGAUCCGGAAGGAGAUAUACCAGUCUUGCUGCAGGCUGUCUUGGCAAGGAAUCCUAAUGUUUUCAGGGAGAAAAGCAUGCAAAACAGAUAUGUGGUACAAAGUGGAAUGAUGAUGCCGCAGUACAAACUUUCUCAGAAUUCCAUGCACGGUAGUCCUGCAUCUUCCAAUUAUCAGCAAACCACUAUCUCUCAUAGCCCUUCCAGUCGCUUUGUGCCACCACAGUCAAGUUCUGGUAACAGAUUUAUGGCACCACAAAACAGCCCAGUGCCUAGUCCGUAUGGUCCUCAAAGCCCUGCAGGAUACUUGCCAUAUUCACAUCCUCCAAGUUACACGCCGCACCCGCAAAUGCAGCAAGCUUCGGUAUCCAGUCCCAUUGUCUCAGGCGGAAUGAGGAAUAUACAUGAAAAUAAGGUUACAAGUCAGUUGUCUGGAAGUUCAGCCAAUCAUCAUACUGAUAAUUCUAGACAUGGCUCCAGUGAAGACUACCUGCAGAUGGUGCACAGAAUAAGCAGUGAAGAUGGAGAUUCUUCGAUAAGGAACGCUGCAUCAUUCUCCUUGAGGUCUCCACAAUCAGUGUGCUCUCCUGCUGGAAGUGAUGGAACACCUAAAGGAUCAAGACCACCAUUAAUACUUCAAUCUCAGCCUCCACCUUACUCAUCACCUAGAGAUGUUCCCCCAGACAUAUUAUUAGAUUCUCCAGAAAGAAAGCAAAAGAAACAAAAGAAAAUGAAGUUAGGCAAGGAUGAAAAAGACCAGAAUGAAAAGGCUGCAAUGUAUGAUAUCAUUAGCUCUCCAUCCAAGGACUCUACUAAGCUUACGUUAAGACUCACUCGCGUAAGAUCUUCAGAUAUGGACCAGCAGGACGAUAUACUUUCUCUGGAAAACAGUAAUGUUUCAGAAGGGGAUAUUUCUUUUAACGUUCAGUAUCCAGGACAGACUUCUAAAACCCCCGUUACUCCACAGGAUAUUAAUCGCCCACUAAAUGCUGCUCAGUGUUUGCCACAGCAUGAACAAACCGCAUUCCUCCAGGCACAACAAGUGCCUGUUUUACAACCGAACACUUCAAUUUCUGCAAAACAACCUCAGAAUCCUUUGGUACAGUCGCAUCAACAGGUUUCGCAACAUGGAACUAUAACGCCAUACGAUGAAGUAGAAUUGGAUGCGUUGGCUGAAAUUGAACGGAUAGAACGUGAAUCAGCUAUUGAAAGGGAGCGAUUUUCAAAAGAAGUGCAAGACAAAGAUAAACCUUUGAAGAAAAGAAAACAAGAUUCCUAUCCACAGGAGGCUGGAGGUGCUACUGGAGGAAACAAACCAGCUUCUCAGGAGACAGGUUCUGCGGGAAAUGGGUCAAGGCCAGCCUUGAUGGUUAGUAUUGAUCUUCAGCAAGCAGGACGGGCAGACUCUCAGGCAGCUGUAACUCAGGAUUCAGACAUCAUCAAAAAGCCUGAAGAGAUGAAGCAGUGUAAUGAUGGUUCUGUGUUUGUUUCCCAAGAGGAUGUCGGAGUACUUAAACUAAAAUCUGAGAACCAUCCUGAAACCCCUAGGAAAAAAUCAGAUUCCGAAAGUUUAAAGGUGGAAAUACAACACAAUGAGAACAAACAAGCAGAAGUGCAGCAAAAUGAGAGUAAACGGAUAGAAACAAAACAUAGUGAAAGCAAACAGACAGAAAUUAAACAUGAAAGCAAACACGAAAGUAGGCAAACGGACGUAAAACCAAACGAGAGCAAGCAAAAUAAUGGCAAACAGGAUAUAAGACAAAGACCUGAGACUCCAAAACCGAAAAAUGAAGUGAGGCCGGAUACCCCAAAGCAGAAAAAUGAAGGCAGACCAGAAACCCCAAAGCAGAGGAAUGAAGGCAGGCCAGAAACCCCAAAACACAGGCAUGAAAACAGGCGGGAUUCUGGUAAAUCCUCUUCAGAAAAGAAGCCCGAUUUAUCUAAACACAAAAUGGACAUGAAAUCUGAUCCUUCCAGGGUGAAAUCUGAAAGGCCUGAUGCAUUAAAACAGAGACCAGAUGGACGUUCUGUUUCUGACUCAUUAAGGCGUGAUCAUGAUAACCUUAAACAAAAAUCUGAGGACCGGGGUGAAUCUGAGAGACAUAGAGGAGAUUCUUCAAAGCUAAAAAGACCUGAGUAUUUGAGGUCUUCAAGUAAGACUGAGCACGACUCUAAAUAUGUCAUUAAGUCUGAUAACACAAAAGCUGAAAGACUGGAUAGAAAACACAGACAUGUGUCUGGUGAGUCCCGGGAUAGGCUGUCUUCUGGGGAUCAGAGAUCAAGACCUGACAGCCCUCGCAUUAAACAAGAAAGUAAAAGUGAUAUUAGUAAAUUAAGACCGGACAGACCAGGUUUCAAGUCGCCCAAUAGUAAAGAUGAACGAAGGACAGAUGGUAAUAAGAGCAAACUGGAUAGUAAUAAAGCACAUACUGACAGCAAAGCAGGAUUUCCCAGUUAUUUGUUGGGGGGAAGAUCUGGGGCUUUGAAACACUUUAUCAUUCCAAAAAUAAAGCGGGAUAAAGAUGGCAAUGUCAUGCAUGAUUCAAGGAAAUCGGAAAUUAAGGGUGAACCAAAGGACAAAGUAGAGAAGAUUGGGCUAGUGGAGGAUCUAAACAAAGGAGCUAAACCAGUUGUUGUUCUGCAGAAGCUUUCUUUGGAUGAUGUACAAAAAUUUAUUAAGGACAGAGAAGACAAAUCUAGGAGCUCUUGUUUCAAAUCUAACAAGAACAAGUCAUCCAGACCAAACAAAGGUAGCAUAGAUCAGUCAGUGUUAAAGGAAUUACCUCCUGAACUGCUAGCAGAAAUUGAAUCCACCAUGCCUCUUUGCGAACGAGUGAAAAUGAACAAACGUAAACGUAGCACUGUAAACGAGAAACCAAAAUAUGCUGAAAUCAGUUCAGAUGAAGACAAUGACAGCGAAGAGGCUUUUGAAACUUCUCGUAAAAGGCAUAAGAAAGACAGAAAUGAAGAUAAAGCUUGGGAGUAUGAAGAGCAUGACAGACGAGGUUCUGGAGAUCAUCGAAGGGGUAGUCAUUACCACGAAGGAAGGAGGAGCUCUGGAAGCAGUCGAUAUCGCAACCGCAGUCCAGAGGACUCAGAUGUGGAUGACUAUUCCCCUCCUCCUAGCCUCAGCGAAGUGGCUAGAAAAAUGAAGAAGAAAGAAAAACAGAAGAAAAGAAAAGCUUAUGAACCAAAGCUAACACCGGAAGAAAUGAUGGAUUCUUCUACAUUUAAGAGGUUCACUGCUUCAGUAGAAAAUAUUUUGGACAACUUGGAAGACAUGGAUUUUACCUCAUUUGGUGAUGAUGAUGAAAUGCCUCAAGAGUUACUACUGGGAAAACAUCAGCUUAGUGAAUUGGGUAGUGAAUCUGCCAAAAUUAAAGCAAUGGGCAUUAUGGACAAGCUUUCAACGGAAAAAACAGUGAAAGUCUUAAACAUUUUGGAGAAGAAUAUUCAAGAUGGUUCAAAGCUUUCCACAUUGCUCAACCACAAUAACGACACUGAAGACGAGGAAAGAUUGUGGAGAGACUUGAUUAUGGAGAGAGUCACAAAAUCUGCAGACGCCUGCCUUACAGCGAUCAACAUCAUGACAUCCCCCAAUAUGCCCAAAGCCGUGUAUAUUGAAGACGUAAUAGAAAGAGUCAUUCAGUACACUAAAUUUCACUUGCAAAACACUCUGUAUCCUCAAUAUGAUCCUGUUUAUCGGUUGGAUCCUCAUGGUGGUGGUGUGCUAAGCUCAAAAGCAAAGCGUGCCAAGUGUUCCACCCAUAAACAGAGAGUAAUAGUGAUGCUGUACAACAAAGUUUGUGAUAUUGUUAGCAGUUUGGCUGAAUUAUUGGAGAUCCAGCUUCUUACUGACACCACUAUUCUUCAGGUUUCUUCAAUGGGGAUUACACCUUUUUUUGUAGAAAAUGUCAGCGAACUUCAGUUGUGUGCCAUCAAGCUAGUCACUGCAGUCUUCUCAAGAUAUGAAAAGCAUAGGCAAUUGAUACUAGAAGAAAUUUUCACAUCACUCGCAAGACUACCAACCAGCAAAAGAAGUCUGAGGAAUUUCAGAUUGAACAGCAGUGAUACUGAUGGAGAGCCUAUGUAUAUUCAGAUGGUGACUGCACUGGUGCUACAACUUAUUCAGUGUGUUGUACAUCUACCAUCGGGAGAGAAGGACUCAAACUCUGAAGAGGAAUCAAAUAAGAAGGUGGAUCAGGAUGUCCUAAUUACGAACUCAUAUGAAACAGCCAUGAGAACAGCACAAAACUUCCUUUCAAUUUUCCUUAAGAAAUGUGGUAGCAAGCAAGGUGAAGAGGAUUAUAGGCCAUUGUUUGAGAACUUUGUUCAAGAUCUUCUUUCCACGGUCAACAAACCAGAGUGGCCAGCUGCAGAGCUGCUGCUUAGUUUAUUGGGGAGAUUAUUGGUCCAUCAGUUUAGUAAUAAAUCUACAGAGAUGGCUUUGAGGGUGGCCUCACUUGACUAUCUUGGAACUGUAGCCGCACGAUUGAGGAAGGAUGCCGUCACUAGCAAAAUGGAUCAGGGAUCGAUAGCCCGAAUUUUGAAACAGGUCUCAGGAGGGGAAGAUGAAAUACAGCAGCUGCAAAAGGCGUUGCUAGAUUAUUUAGAUGAAAAUACGGAGACUGAUGCUUCAUUAAUGUUUUCUCGGAAAUUUUACAUAGCUCAGUGGUUUCGGGACACUACGAUGGAGACUGAGAAAGCAAUGAAGUCUCAAAAGGACGAAGAUUCGUCUGAAGGAACGCACCAUGCAAAAGAAGUUGAGUCGACGGGACAAAUCAUGCACAGAGCAGAAAGUCGCAAAAAAUUUCUUCGUAAAAUCAUUAGAAUUGCACCCUCUCAGUUCAGUACAUUAAAGAUGAACUCUGAUACUGUGGACUAUGAAGAUGCUUGCUUGAUUGUUCGCUACUUGGCCUCUAUGAGGCCGUUUGCCCAGAGCUUCGAUAUUUAUUUGACACAGAUUCUGCGUGUGCUUGGUGAAAAUGCAAUUGCUGUUCGAACAAAAGCCAUGAAGUGUUUGUCUGAGGUUGUUGCUGUAGACCCCAGCAUUCUAGCCAGGCUGGAUAUGCAACGUGGUGUUCAUGGACGGUUGAUGGAUAAUUCCACUAGUGUACGAGAAGCAGCCGUUGAAUUACUUGGUCGGUUUGUGCUUUGUCGACCACAGCUUGCUGAACAGUAUUAUGACAUGCUGAUUGAGCGAAUACUGGAUACUGGUAUUAGUGUCAGAAAGAGAGUGAUAAAGAUUCUUCGAGAUAUCUGCAUUGAACAACCCACAUUCCCCAAAAUUACAGAAAUGUGUGUAAAAAUGAUUCGCAGAGUGAACGACGAGGAAGGCAUUAAGAAACUGGUAAAUGAAACAUUCCAGAAGCUGUGGUUUACUCCGACGCCUCAUAAUGACAAAGAAGCAAUGACCAGGAAAAUACUGAAUAUCACUGAUGUGGUUGCAGCUUGUAAAGAUACAGGGUAUGACUGGUUUGAACAACUUCUUCAGAACUUGCUGAAGUCUGAAGAAGAUGCUUCCUAUAAGCCUGUGAAGAAAGCCUGUAUUCAGCUGGUGGAUAAUUUGGUUGAACACAUUCUAAAAUACGAAGAAUCUCUAGCAGAUUCAGACAACAAAGGUGUGAAUCCAAAUCGGUUGGUAGCUUGCAUAACCACUUUGUUCUUAUUCAGCAAAAUCAGGCCCCAGUUAAUGGUCAAACAUGCUAUGACCAUGCAGCCGUACCUUACCACUAAGUGCAGCACUCAGAACGACUUUGUGGUGAUCUGCAAUGUUGCAAAAAUUCUGGAGUUGGUAGUGCCACUGAUGGAGCAUCCGAGUGAGACCUUCCUUGCUACUAUUGAAGAAGAUCUCAUGAAGCUUAUAAUCAAAUACGGCAUGACAGUAGUGCAGCACUGCGUUAGUUGUCUUGGGGCUGUCGUGAACAAGGUCACUCAGAAUUAUAAAUUUGUCUGGGCCUGUUUUAAUAGAUAUUACGGUGCACUUUCAAAGUUAAAAAGUCAACAUCAGGAAGACCCAAACAGCACGGUACUCACAGCAAAUAAACCAGCACUCCUUAGAUCCCUUUUCACUGUGGGGGCCUUGUGUCGGCAUUUCGAUUUCGAUCAAGAAGAUUUUAAAGGCAACAGCAAGGUUAACAUUAAGGACAAAGUACUUGAACUGCUGAUGUAUUUUACCAAACAUUCGGAUGAGGAGGUACAAACAAAAGCCAUUAUUGGUCUAGGGUUUGCAUUUAUACAACACCCGGGUCUAAUGUUUGAACAGGAGGUGAAAACACUGUAUAACAACAUCCUUUCUGAUAAAAAUUGUUCGGUAAAUUUAAAAAUCCAAGUGCUAAAAAACCUCCAAACGUACCUUCAAGAGGAAGAUACACGGAUGCAACAGGCAGACAGAGAAUGGAAAAAGGUGGCAAAGCAGGAAGAUCUGAAAGAAAUGGGUGACAUUUCCUCAGGGAUGAGUAGCUCAAUCAUGCAACUCUAUCUGAAGCAGGUCCUCGAGGCUUUCUUUCAUGCGCAGUCCAGCGUGCGUCACUUUGCUCUCAACGUUAUUGCACUGACGCUAAACCAGGGUCUUAUCCAUCCAGUUCAGUGUGUGCCAUAUUUAAUAGCUAUGGGCACUGACCCAGAGCCAUCUAUGAGGAACAAAGCUGACCAGCAGCUGGUGGAGAUAGACAAAAAAUACGCUGGAUUUAUUCAUAUGAAAGCUGUGGCUGGUAUGAAGAUGUCUUACCAGGUCCAGCAGGCAAUCAACAGCUGUCAGAAGGAUCCUGUGAGGGGCUUUAGGCAGGAUGAAUCCAGCAGUGCUUUGUGCUCACAUCUUUACUCCAUGAUCCGAGGGAACCGGCAACACCGACGAGCCUUUCUAAUUUCCUUACUCAACCUCUUUGAUGACACAGCUAAAACAGAGGUGAAUAUGCUCUUGUAUAUAGCAGACAAUCUAGCUUGUUUUCCUUACCAAACCCAGGAGGAGCCACUUUUUAUAAUGCACCAUAUAGACAUUACAUUAUCAGUUUCUGGUAGUAACCUUCUCCAGUCAUUUAAAGAGUCUAUGGUGAAGUAUAAAAAAGAGCGGAAGCCUUCAUCUGACGAAGAGAGUGAAAGUGAAAGUGACAGCGAGAGCGACAGCGAGAGCGAGGAGGAAGUCCACAAGCCCCGGAAGUUGCGGAAACGUGCAGAUUCCGAGUCAGAUUCAGAUGAAGAGAACGAUAUAAACGCGGUCAUGAAGUGUUUGCCAGACAAUUCAGCCCCUCUAAUUGAAUUUGCAAAUGUCUCCCAGGGUAUAUUGUUGCUUUUGAUGUUAAAGCAGCAUUUGAAAAACCUCUGUGGAUUUUCUGAUAGUAAAAUUCAGAAAUACUCCCCCUCUGAAUCGGCGAAAGUGUAUGACAAAGCGAUAAACAGAAAGACAGGAGUUCACUUCCAUCCAAAACAGACGUUGGACUUCCUUCGAAGUGAUAUGGCUAAUUCCAAGCUCACAGAAGAAGUGAAGAGGAGUAUAGUUAAACAGUACUUAGAUUUCAAGCUUCUGAUGGAACACUUGGAUCCUGACGAAGAAGAGGAGGAUGGUGAAGUGUCAGCCAGCACGAACGCUCGUAACAAAGCUAUUACCUCGCUGCUUGGAGGAGGCAGCCCUAAAAACAAUGCAGCUGAGACAGAGGAUGAUGAGAGUGAUGGGGAGGAUAGAGGAGGAGGCACUUCAGGGUCAUUGAGAAGGUCAAAACGAAAUUCAGACUCUACGGAGUUGGCAGCACAGAUGAAUGAAAGUGUUGAUGUCAUGGAUGUCAUCGCUAUUUGCUGUCCAAAGUACAAAGAUCGGCCGCAAAUUGCACGAGUAGUACAGAAAACCAGCAAUGGCUUCAGUGUUCAGUGGAUGGCGGGCUCCUACAGUGGCUCCUGGACUGAGGCUAAGCGCCGUGACGGUCGCAAACUGGUGCCUUGGGUAGACACUAUUAAAGAGUCAGACAUUAUUUACAAAAAAAUUGCUCUAACGAGUGCUAAUAAGCUGACUAAUAAAGUGGUUCAGACUUUACGAUCGCUGUAUGCCGCCAAGGAUGGAACUUCCAGCUAAUGCAUUUGUACAUGCAGCCAAAUUUUACAGGAAAUGAAAUAACAGAGAAAAAACUUGAAAUACCAACUUUCUGGCAAAAAAAAAAAAUCAAUUUAAUGAAGAGUAAGAAUGACACCUGGGAUGCAGGAAACGGAAGGAAAAUGUUUGGUAAACAUUUUUGUGGGAGCUCCCUUCGCUGUUGUGCAGCAGAAACUUCUCAGUUCAUUUUUACUCCCACUGUAUAAUAGUUUAACAAAAAUUGUUUAUAUCUUGAAAAAAAAACCUUUCUGUUUAAAAAAAAUAAACAAGUGAAUGUUGGAAAUUAGUCUGUUAAUGUUCUUAAUAAAGUGUUCUUGGAGUUUAACCUAGCAGCGGAUGGCUUUCUUUAGCUUAGCCCAGUUUUCCAGGGAAGCUUUGUUUUUUCCAGGCUGUAAAAUGGCAGAAUCUCCUGGAUAUAUAAUUUAUUCUGUUGGGGGAAAAAAGCAUGCAGUAUCUAUGACCUAUCUGCAGGAGGAGUUUUUGUAAAUGUAGAUUUUGAUGUAUUAGGUCACCCUGAAUAAUACAAGAAAAGGGAUCCCCAGCAAAUCUGGUGGAACGAAUACUGCAAUAAAUUUUUUUACUUCUCUUUGUUACUUGUCUGUUUCCAUUUGAAUUUCUUAUUGUAAAGAUUUGUUUAAAUCCAUUUAUAUUAUUUUGCAGUCUUUUAUGUAAAAUUUACUAUAUCGGUGGUUUUCAAAGCAAGACAUAAAUAUUGUUUAUACAGUUUGUAUAGGCUGACUUCUGAAUAAUUGGUAUCUUUUAUUUUUAUCCCUUAAAAGGGUGUAAACACAAGUUAACUCCAGGGUUUUAUUGUAUCCUGCAAUAUUUAGUAUUAACUAUAUAUGAUUUAGCACUGUGCCAAACACAUUUUCAAGAGUACAUUUUGAUAUAAAAAGAAACUCUAGUUUA